GAGCCUCUCCAAAACCAACAGACACCAAUAGGGUGUUCUACACUACAGACCCGUCUUUUUGCGCAACGAUGACAGACUCAAGGUCUGAGGCGCUGCAGGCUUUGUCCCGUGAGUUCUGCACGUGCGGUGUGUGUGGUGAGACAUCACGUGACCCUCGGAGUUUGCCGUGUUUCCACAGCUUUUGUAGCGGCUGUCUCAACACACACAUUGCUCAGGAGGUGAAUACGACAGGACAGAAUUACUUCCCUUGUCCAGACUGUGCCAGGACAACUUCCGUUCUCCGACAUGACGUCAGUAACGAGAGCAACAGCGAAGCAGCAGAUGAUUCGGGAGCCGAUGACGUCAUCAAAGAUUACGCGUCGAUGUUUAAACAAGACACAUUUAUCUGCAAACUCACAGAAGUCAUUGAGGCUUUCAAAGAAGGCAAGUCAUGUGACAUCUGCCACAGACGGGAGAUCACCCAGCCAGCAGACAACUGGUGCAUGGAUUGUUCUGACGCAGUCUGUGAAAACUGUACUAAGGUCCACCUGUGCGGACGGACAACAGCAGAUCACGUGAUCAUCUCCCUGACAGAACUACGCAGACUGAACCCGGAGAAUGUUCUGAAGCGAGGCUCCGCCCAUAAUUGUCCGCAACACAGCCAGGAAGUGGUCAGUUUCUACUGCCUGGACUGUCGGCUGCCCGUCUGUGUGCAGUGCUUCAGUAUAAGCCAUAGGAAAUGUGAGAAUUGCCUGCCCUUGCCGGAAGCCAUGAAGUCUCGAGAAGAGGAGGUAGCUGAAGUCAUGGUCAAGAUUCGCGGGUUUGGCUCUGACGUCACAGCUAAUGGCGGAGAGGAACAGUACGAGAGUGGGGCGGACGUGUUGGAAGACUCGGUCAAAAAGGCUGAAGAGACGAUCAGGUCGCUGGCUGAGGAGAUGAGACAGAGGAUUGAGAGAAGUGAGGAGGAGUUGUUAGAACGACUUCAUUCUGUGAGCCUACAGUUACAGGACAAGGUCGGAGACUUCAGGAACACACCAGGGUCCCGGUCCGACGACCUCAAGACUCUGUCUGCCGCCGGCGACCGCAUGGAGGCGCUGCUCAAGUACGGAAGUGACGUGGAGGUCUUGGAUGUGUUCCACGUCAUCAAAGACGCCGUGUCGCGGUUGGAGGGGACUAGCACAUCGGCUUCAUCUAGUUCUACUAACUUGACGGACGAUGAAGUCAGGUUAAAGGUGAACUUUGACCCUGACGAAUCAGCGCGCCAGUUUUGCCGAACGUUCGAGAAGCUGGGAGAGAUCCGCGUGGAGGACUGUAACACUGACGACGGGCUGAGCGCCUGGGGGGUGGCCGUGACUGCGCGCGAUGACAUCAUUGUGGUGGACUGUCGGAGCAAGCGCGUCCAGAAGUUCUCCAACACCGGGGACCUCCUAGACCACAUACAGAUCAGCGAGGAGCCGCGUGACGUCGGCAGCUGUGGGGACAGUAGCGACGAGGUGGCCAUCACUAUACUGAAGAAACAGAUCUUCCUGGUCACUGUUGGAGGGGUCAAGACAAUGGGUCUCAAACGAAAAAUCCAGACGCCGAAACAGUACGACGGUAUCUCCAGCUCACCACAAGGGGAGCAAUUCCUGGUUAGCUGCCUGGAGGAGAAUUGUGUUGACGUCAUCUCUUUCCAGGGGGAGGUCAUCAAGACGUUUGCAGCAGACAGAACUGUUAUGCCACCUAUCUUCGAUAACCCCAGAUAUGUCGUCUGCACCAAGGAUGGGAACUACGUCAUUAGUGAUGUCACCAAAAGCGUUGUGACAUGUCUCCGCAAAGAUGGCAGUGUGGUCUUCUCGUACAGUCCCACGGGGUCCCACGAGAUCAAGAAGGCUCAAGGUGUCUGCUGUGAUAGGCUGGGGAACCUGUUUGUGGCAGACUACGCCAACUGCAGGGUACACCUCAUCACUUCUGACGGGACCUUCCAAAGGUUGGUGCUGGGCCGUGAGAGCGGCGUGAGGCGUCCAGUGGCCCUAGCCAUGAGUCACAAGAACAAACUGGUGCUGGUCCAGUCGGACGGGAUGGUCAAGAUCUUCAGCUACGACAGCAUGAAGGUCAAGCUCAAGGUCCCCUGCUGGUGCCCCCGCUGCUUGAGUAGUAGUGAAAGUCAUGACAGCAGUGCGGAUGGCUUGUCUGAUGGAAGAGGAGGAGGAGGAGGGGGUAGAGGAGGGGUCAAGGCUGGCUCCAGCCAAAGUCAAGGUCAGGGUGUGGAAAGUCCAGGUGGUCGACGGGAGCGAGGAGUUAGCGUCAAUAGCGUGGGUGGGAGUGUGGGGAGUGUAGGGAGCGAUGACGUAUACCACAAUAACAACAACAACAACAACAACAACUACAACAAUAAUAGCAACAACAGCGACUACCGUCGUUAUGGUAACGGCAGUCGCAGCGGUAGUGAGAGUUUCGGGGCGUCCUCACCUUCCUCCCCCACCUCCCCAUUGGCGCGGAGAUCCCAGUACUGAAUGUGUCUUCCUCCGUCGUCGAGUCUGCUGACCCAACUGCUUUUCUUUUUAUUUAUGCAAGGAGUUAAUUUGUGUUGGUGCCAAUCAAACUCAAAACCGUGUGGGUGAUUGGUGGGUGCUCUGGUGUGGUUUGCUCCUUCGUUUCUAUCAAACAUUCUGUCGUCGGGUGAAACACUCCCACAUAACUCAUUGAAAAUCUUGUUGGAGGUUGAAACCAGGGCCAUGACCACAAUCACUCAAAGUGGUACCAAACAAGCUACCAGUACGCCCACUGUUCGUUCCUCAUUUGAACUUUUAUGAGGAAAAAUGAUUCUCAGCUUAAUCUAUAAACAGACAAUGUGCUAGGUGGUCCUUUUACAACUAGGAAAUUUCAAGAAUUUUAAAAAAUCGUAUUGUCGCAAAGUCCAAGAUUUCUACGCAAUAAUAGGCCAAAGGACAUUAUUUUCAGUGUCUUUUACUCCCUAAUUUCGUUUCUUGUCUUUAGAAAAGGUAGGGUUGAUUCCGUUUAUUUGUUAAACAAGUUACCAUUCAUUCAUUUGAUUUUUGUUUACUGUUUUGGAAAAAAGUCGAAGCAAAAAUCGUAAAUUAUGUUUUGCAGCAUCAUAUUUAUUUGGGCAAACAUUUGUUCAUCAUGAAAUUACAGCAAUAGCAGCUUUUUUGUUUUUUUCAAUAUUGAAUGUGAAGUUCAAUUCCUGUGGCUUUUUGUUUUUUACAUGACAAGGCCCCGACAAGGCUGUGUGAGGCCAGUGAAUGUAGCCAAGAAGCCAUAGAGUAGUGUCGCCAGGCGCACUUGGUUGUCUUCUCUAAUCUGACAGAGCAGCUGAGGAACAAUUGAUUAUUGACCGUUUCAAUAAUGUUGGUCUGUCACACACUUCAUGUGUACCGGCGUCUAUAGAACGCUGUUAGGGGCUUUGCUGCCGCUCUCCGGAGACCCGGGUGGGGAGAUCUUUUUUAUAUCGACUAUCUAAGGCCUUUUGCUGGGAUGUUGUCACCCUCUCGGCCGGAUAGGCCCUGAUAGAUUUGGUGGGAGGCCUGCCUCCUAUAAUAUGGUCUUAACUGAGUCGAUGGGAUGGGGAUAUAAAAACACCGACAUGAAAAAAAGAUCUUAACACUUGAUGUUACAACAAAAAAAAACCACACCCUUUUUUAUUGGGGACUUACUUCCCGCUUUGGGAAAUCUAUUUUUAUCCAAAAUCACUUUUUUAUAUCCCACUCAGCCGAAGUACUAUCUGAGAGGCGUGAUGAAAUGGACCGUAUCACAAACAAAUUAUGAUCUAAAUUGAGUCAAUACGGAUGCAAGACAUUAACAACAGGGAAUCCUACAUUUGAACUAGCUCAAUGCUAUUGACUGUAGUUGUUGGUUUUGUUUUUCUUGUGUCUUCAUCUUGUGCUUUUUAUACUCGCGAUGAUUUUCUAUCAGCAAAGUAUUAUAUCGGACAGCUGUAUAAUAAUGUAACAAGCCCCAAAUUUUGAUAUUUUAAAAUUGCAGUUUCUUCAUCCGUGAAAUCAGUUGCAUCAUUAUGCUCAAAAGCAUAUUUUGUUGAAAUUCAAACUCUAAGUUUUGAAAAAAUGAAAAAACAAGAACAUUUACUUGUAAUAGUUAAAAGAAUAAAACAUAUUUUUCUCUUUCCUGAAAUAUGUUGUUUUUGGGACGUCUUUCAGUUUAACAGCUUGACAACAGUUACUGUCGUGUAGUCAGUUCUGUGUUGCUUGUAUUUUGUACAUCUUGCCUUAUUGAAAUAUUAUACGAAUUUGCCAAAAGAAAUUGAUUUAAUACACUUAAUUUGUUUUGCGAGAGUUGUAUGUAUCGUUGGUAGGCCUAUUCCACAUAAGCGUGUUUAUUAAUACAUGAGACAGUUUUUCAAAUUGUAAUUAAUGCUUAUUGCUACUGCCAGUAUCGUGUUGUUUGUCAGCAUAGCUUUAUGUUUUGUAAUGUUUAAGGAACAAAAUUGUUCAGUGACUAUUACUGGUAAUUUAUUUUUGUUUCAGUUGUAUCUUGAUUUAUGGAAGUACACAAUGUUUACGACGUUAUUAUAGACUAUACUGUAGUGCGAUACCAAGUGGCAUUAAAGCAAUCGUACCUA